CACUUGUUGACCCUUCCAUUCUAACCUUCUAACUCGACGUUCUGUAGCCACGUGCAUAUUUAUUAUAUUAAAACGUGAAUAAAUCUUAAGACAAACUUGAUUUACAAAAAUGGGGAAAGGACGAAGACACAAACCCAAAAAAAACUUUGCUGAGAAACGUCGGGAGAAGCAAAAGAAUAAAGACGAAUGGGAUAAAAGACCUCAGCGUUGUUAUGCUGACAUCAUAAGAGAAAACAAGGAUUUUGAAAAUUAUUACAAAACUCAAAAUAUUGUGCCAGAAGAACAAUGGGAAAAAUUCAUCAAUACUAUGAGAGAAAAUCUUCCUGUUGCUUUUCGUAUAACUGGCUCAAAAGCUGAAACUAAAGCACUUUUGGAUAUAAUAAAAGGAGAUUUUUUCGAAGAGAUUUUAAAUACAAAACUUGAUAAUGACCAAGAUUCCACUGGUACAGUAGAAAUAAUGAAGCCUAGGUGUCUGCCCUUCUACCCAGAUUCACUGGCUUGGCAAUUGCAACUUACUCGAAAAGACAUACGUCGAUCAGAGGCUUAUACCCGACUCCACAAUUUUCUAAUCGCCGAAACAGAUAGCGGAAGUAUCAGCAGACAGGAAGUUGUCAGUAUGAUUCCACCUUUGGUUCUUGAUGUCAAACCGUGGCACAAGGUAUUGGAUAUGUGCGCAGCACCUGGCUCAAAGACAGCUCAACUCAUUGAAGCCAUUCAUGCCGAUGAGAAAAUUGCACAUCCAAAAGGUUUUGUAAUAGCUAAUGAUCUUGACAAUAAUCGCUGCUACAUGUUGGUACAUCAGGCAAAGAGACUCAAUAGUCCAAAUAUUUUGAUCACUAAUCACGAUUCAUCGAUAAUGCCAAACUUCAAUUUUACCAAACCCGAUGGCACAAAAGGUUUAUUGAAAUUCGAUAGAAUUUUAGCCGAUGUGCCAUGUAGCGGAGACGGCACUAUGCGAAAGAAUCCCGACAUUUGGUGUAAGUGGAGUCCGGCAAAUGGAAAUAAUCUGCACGGAAUUCAGUAUAGGAUAGCAAGAAGAGGUUUAGAAAUGCUGGAAAUUGGCGGAAAAAUGGUGUAUUCGACGUGUUCUCUAAAUCCAAUCGAGAAUGAAGCAGUGUUGCACAGGCUUCUAUGCGAGACGGGUGAUUCAGUACAACUGGUAGACGGUAGAGACUACGUACCUGGUUUGAAUUGCGACCCGGGUGUAACGACGUGGAUGCCCGGUUCAAAAAAUUUGAAUUAUUACAAAACAUGGGAAGAAGUUCCAGAGCAAUGGCAAACUCAAAUACGUCCAAGAAUGUUUCCUCCCAAACCGGAGGACGCUCACAAGUACAAUCUUGAAAAAUGUUUAAGGAUAUUGCCACAUCAUCAAGACACAGGCGGUUUUUUCGUUGCAGUAUUGGAAAAAUUAAAGACUCUCCCUUGGGAAAAUGACACAACUUCGACUAGCCGGAGUGACGAGCAAAUUAAUAACGAUGAUAAGGAAGAGGUAUUGAGUCUCGAGGACGAAACCGUUAAGGUAGAAAACGAAAGAGCUGAUAACAAAAAACGAGGACCAGAAGAAGUGAAAAGUCCGUGGGGACCACAAAGAAAACGCAAACGAGUUGUCGGCUAUAGGGAAGAUCCGUUUGUAUUUUUUAAAGAUGAGACGGAAGAUGUCUGGUCAUCGAUAAAAGAAUUCUAUCAUAUCUCUGAUGAAUUGGAUCCUCGGUGUUUGCUAGUGAGAUGUCACGAGGGCAAGAAAAAAAACAUUUAUUUCACUUCGCCGGUGAUUCGUGACAUUGUUUUAUCGAACGAGGAUAGAGUUAAAAUGAUCAAUACAGGAGUAAAAACUUUCGUACGCUGCGACAACAAGAAUAUGAAAUGCGCUUUCAGGCUCGCACAAGAGGGUAUGAAAAGCAUAUUCUCUUACAUCGGUGAGAAUCGAAAGGUCCCGAUAAACAAGGAUGAUCUGAUAAUGCUUUUGCAAAAUGACAAUCCUCAUACACCACCGGAAAUUGAAAAAUUGAGCAAGUCGACACAGGAACGUCUCAAAGAUUUCCCGACCGGUAGUUGUAUUCUCUUGUAUACGGACGAGAAAGCUGACGAUUCUGAUUCUUUAAAAUUGGAUAUGGUUGGAUGGCGUGGCACGAUGUCACUCAGAGCAUAUGUUCCUACUCACGAUGCAAUUCAUUAUUUACGUUUACUCGGAGCCGACUGUUCCAAAUUUGAGAAAAACAAGUUCAAAGAAAACCGUGAUGCAAUAGCACAAAAGAGUGAAUCUGUAAAUGGAGAUGUUCCGGAGGAAACCGUCCUUAAGGAGAACAAAUCGGAAGACGAUAACGAGAAAGCGGAAUCGAUGGAAAUUGCUUCAGCCGGUGAAACAACUUAAAUCCAACAUAUUAUACAUUUUUUUCUCAACAUGGCGAAUAUUUUACGUUUGAAUACAGACUAUAAAUCUACUCUAUAUACGUAUAGAAAUAAAAAUCGUGGCUACCUCGAUUGUUUAUGGA